CAAGAACUAAUUUGCAUAGUGAUAGAGAAAGUAAGUUCUUCAUGUUUGUAGACUGACUGCAAACUGCAGUGUUAAAGCACUUGUUAUGAGUAGAUACACUGGCUUUUGCCCCCAGUAUAAAUAUAGAUUAGGAGAUACUUAUGGCACCACAACUCACAAAGUACUUUUGGAUCCCACAGUACACCAUGCUGAAAAGCUCGUGCUGUCCGAUAGGACAGCAGAUGAUUUUAAUUCGUUCCGACCAUCUAUCAGAGACAUCGAUAUAGUGAACGAUAGACAUGGAGACACCAUAUACAAGCAUCCCAUAGUACCUGGUUAUGAAGGAUUCGUGCCCAAGGAACAUGGAAAAUUUGGACAAACUUACACCGUCCAGGCCACUGAAGCUUUGGCCGAUUUUGAGAAACUCCAAAAUUCUAACAGAAUCGCUCAGAAUCAGAUAACAAAAAUCGGUUACCUCCAAGAUAAUAAGUGGGAUCCAAAAACAUUAGACGACAAAACUUUGACCACUAGUCAGUUCAAGCUGCCUUUGUUGGAAGUGAGGCCAGAAUGUUCAGGGUUUUUGCGAAAUUUGCUAGUACCAGAACCUUGUCUAACGCCACCGACCCAUUCCCUAAGCCCGUAUUUCUCUGACAACACAGAUACUGAAAAAUACUUGAAAUCAGGUUUCACCGGACAUGUGCCAUUUGGUUACGCCACGCUGGGCAAAACCAAUCAGCAAAUGACAAACAGCGCCCUAUGCGAUUUCACAUCGUCCUAUAGAAAGAGGUUGAGCAAUGAAUGGGCCCCUGUUCAGAUUGAUAGGCCCGAGCCACCAUUACUGAUACAGCCUGCUGAAAUUUAUCACAGACACAUAGGGCAGCUCCCCAAUUACGGUGGUCACAUACCCGGUGCGAUAUUCAGAUAUGGCAAGACCUAUGGCAACGACACGAGGGACGCGAAAAGGUGGCUUCGUGGAGAUUUUUCUCCAUAAAAAUUGUUUAAACAUUUUGAGAUAUUUUAUUAACAGAAUAAAGGUAUCAACUGUU